AUGAGUCGGUUGCCAAAUUUGGACCACGAGUGCGACAGUCACAAAAUUGGCUUUGCCAUCGCACGCCGGCUGGCACAAGACGGGGCCAAGGUGCUGGUGAGUAGCCGGAAUCAGGCCAACGUGGACCGGGCAGUGGCCGAAUUGAAGGCCGAGAACCUCAGCGUGUCCGGGUUGGUGUGUCACGUGGGGAAGACAGAGGACAGACGGCGCCUAGUGGAUACGGCCGUUGAGCGCUACGGGGGAAUUGAUAUUUUGGUCAGCAACGCCGCUGUGAACCCGUUUUUCGGACGUAUAUUGGAUGCCUCGGAGGAAGUCUGGGACAAG